CUUACUUGAACUUGCUAAAGCUUAUAAAGCAAGUAUACAAGAGGAAGUUAAAAAAGCAAAAUAUGCUUAUUUGAAAAAUAUAAAUUUUAUUAGUAUUGUUUGCUACUACAUUAUUGCAAAUACUAUUUUCUAA